AUGGCGCCGGCUAUGUCACGCAAAAAUCGAGUAAUGUCUCGGAGGGAAAUCGAGGGAUUGAUAGCAGAUGGGCAAAAGAUAAUCAUACUGGGUGAUCAGAUACUGAAGGUCGACGCUUGGCUACCAUAUCACCCAGGCGGUGAUAAAUCAAUAUUACACAUGGUUGGCCGGGAUGCAACGGACGAAAUAACAGCGUUGCACUCAAAGGAAGCACAGACACAUAUGCAGAAGACGUCGACGAUAUCUGCCGAUGAGGAUCUCACCUUAUCUGGAGGAUCUACACCACCAUCAUCAGUCUUCGAUACUGAUGAGAGAGGAGACGAAGUUCGUCUGAGGCGUGCAGACAAUGAUACCCCUAUUUCUCAAGUAUCAUCCUUAUCCCCAUCAGAACCGGAGCUGGGACAAUUCAGAUCUGCGGAAGCAUCAAUUGCACACGCGAUAUCAUCCGAUCUUUCGAAAUAUCCUCCUCUGGAUAAAAGGUCCCAAGCCGAGGUCGCCUCAAAGUACCGCCAGCUCGACGAAAAAUUGCAAUCCGAAGGACUCUACGACUGUCCAUAUGGCUCUUACGCUGUCGAAUUUGUCCGAUACUCGGUUCUUCUCAUCCUCUUCUUGACAUGUCUUCACCAUUCCUAUUAUGCUCUUUCGGGCCUUUUCCUCGGGUUACUCUGGCACCUGCUUGCGUUCACCGUCCACGACGCCGGCCAUCUAAGCAUAACCCAUGGAUUCCACACGGACAGCUGCAUCGGGAUUUUUGUCGCAGAUUUCCUCGGUGGUCUUUCAGUUGGUUGGUGGAAGCGGAAUCACAACGUGCCUCACAUUGUAACCAACUCGCCCGAGCACGAUCCGGACAUCCAGCACAUGCCAUUUUUCGCCAUCUCUUCGCGUUUCUUUACUUCCCUGCACUCGAGCUACUACAACUGUGACAUGAAUCUCGACGCUGCAGCACGGUUCUUCAUCAAGUACCAGCAUUACCUCUACUAUCCCAUCCUGUUAUGGGGUCGUUUCAACCUGUACCGUCUAGCUUGGUCAUACCUCCUAGACCCGGCGCAAGCACCCCGGAAAGGCGCAGCAUGGUGGCAUCGCUACCUUGAAAUGGCCGGCCAGGUGUUUUUCUGGUACUGGUACGGCUACCGCACGCUAUACCUCUCGAUCCCGACGUGGUCGUCCCGCAUCACCUUCCUGCUCAUCUCUCAUAUGGUGACCGCCCCGUUGCACGUACAACUCACGCUGAGUCACUUCGCCAUGUCGAGCGCCGACCUGGGCAUCCACGAGUCAUUUGCUCAGAAGAUGGUGCGGACAACGAUGGACGUCGAUUGCCCGCCGUGGUUGGACUUUGUGCAUGGCGGGCUCAAUUUCCAAGUCGUGCACCAUUUGUUUCCCUCGCCUCCCGAGGCAUAA